ACAGAACAGCUGCAGAGGCAUCCUGCACACCUGUGAGCUGGGAAACCCCAUUUCAGUCAUUCACUUUUUGUGGGUUUGUUUGCGUACAUUUUGAUAUAUCUGAAACCAGGUCUUUGAAAAACCUUUCAGUGCAGGAGUGAACGCAAACAAAAUGUUUAAAAUGUGAGUUGAACAGUAUAACUUUGAAUUGGGUUAAUCUGCUCAGAUUUGUGAAUGAAGAUUUAGAUACGGUCGAUUUGUCUCCCCCUGGCCGCCUUGGGGAGGUGUUACCUUGUUAAAAGGCGGUGAAACGGGCGUUAAACUCCUCCUCCGGGUCCUCCCGGCCACGAAAACAAACGCAUCCAUGUAGCGCCAAUGGGAAGGUGGAACAACAGGUAGGCGUCCCUUCACUUGUCUCUCGGCAUUGCUCAGCCAGUCGGUGCUUUUUCGGGCAAUAAAACAGACCAAGCAGAGCACAAAUAUAUGUCCAAAAUGACACCUUAGAUAAAACUUCGCCUUGUGGAUUUUUAAUGGUCUGGAAGUGUUUCUUUUGGGAGCUGACGAGCUGUUUUCCUAUGACUUUCUGGCUGAGAAAGACCACGAAGUCACACUGAAAGGGUGCCUGAUUAAUUAAUUGGAGACUGCAUCUCUAUGUGGAUACGACGUUGAAGUGACACUUCCCCUGAGGACACGCUGAUCGCUGAUCUGAAGAGGUCAGACAGUCUCUGACCCAGAUCCUUCCUCCUGCAGGAGAGCAUGGAGGUCCUGCGGAGGUCCUCAGUGUUUGCUGCAGAGGUCCUGGAUGUGUUUGACCGCUCGCUGACUGAGAAGGAGCUGGUGUCCCAGUCUAAGGCCCUGUGCAGAGACUUCAUACUGUCUAGACUGAACCAGAAUGGACUAGGAUGGUCCAAAACUGAGCUAAACCUCCCCCCGUCAAACGCAGCGCUCGCUGAGGUCUCUAUGGUACUUCUCUGUUUAGGCGACGAGCUGGAGUGUAUGCAGCCCAGUUUGUACAGGAACGUGGCGCGGCAGCUCAACAUUUCUGUUUCCAUGGAGAACAUGGUUUCGGAUGCCCUCAUUGGCGUGGCAACAGAGAUCUUCUCAACAGGUAUCACAUGGGGUAAAGUGGUGUCCAUGUAUGCAGUAGCUGGAGCCUUAGCAGUGGAUUGUGUGAGACAAGGCCAUCCAACCACUGUUCACAUCUUAGUGGACAGUCUAGGCCAGUUCGUCCGAAAGUUUCUGGUUCCCUGGCUGAAGAGGAGAGGAGGAUGGGUGGAAAUAACGAAAUGUGUGGUGAAAAAGGAUCUAACGCCUGAACAGCACUGGUUAUCGUCUAGCAUGGAUUCCUUGAAGUAUUUCCUCACAACAGUGUACGUCUAUGUCAUGAAGGAGCAGUGAAAAGACACGACAGAGGGAGUCAUCAUCUUCCUUGUCUGAUUUGAGAUCACAAUCUCAAAUGUGUCGAUAAACGAUGGGAUGGGCCGUAGUACUUAAUGAAGGACUGAACCUGCAAGCACAGCAGAUCUCAGUCUGUUGCUGAAUGUCCAUCAACCAAUGUUUCAUCAGCACUGUUUGUGUUCUGUUGGUGUGAUGGGUCUGUCAGUGGUUGUUCUUCAUCCAGGGAGCAGUCGCGCUGAUAUUCACGAGCAUCAGUCCACCUCUUUUGCGUAUUUUCACAGCUGUGCAGUAAAUUCAGCUUCUGCAGUGAUGUAACUGUGAUGUGUCACAGCAUUCAGGUUGUUUGCACUGUUGAGAUUAGCUGUUCGAUGCUUUUAUGCCAUGUUUGUCUCAGAUAAUAAACCCGAGAGCCACUUGUGUACAGAUAAUUAAAGCCUAGCUUACUAGUCUUCCCUGAUGACACACGGGUGUUUGACCCACACACAAGUUUAAACCCGAGAUUGAAUUCAUGUUUGCAUAACCUGGUUACACUCCAUUGGUUGAAUCCUUUACUGCUAUUGUAGUUAACCAAAGCACAAAGUGUCUCUACCCAGGUAAGAUUGGGAUAAAUCAAACUCUCAGCUGCAACUUUUAACACCUUAUAAUGAAAAAAAAAAUUGUCCCAUUUUGCCCAUUUUUGGCCAAAGAAUAGAAGGACAGAUGAGUGGUGUAAUGCAUCCACAGAUUGUGGAGGUGUUGAUUUUCUUUUUAACCUGUAAAUAGUUUUGUUUAUGAUUUUAUUUUUUUAUGUCAAUGAAUUUGAAGUCAAAGCCGCUGCAGUAUGAAGACAGGAUGAUUGUUUGGUAUGCCGGAUGGUUGUCACUUUCAGAGUGUUAAUUUAUAAACGCGUGUCUGAAUGUUUUUUAUUAAAUACACAAUAAAAUGGAAAUCUGCACCCAUG